CCAAUGGGCUUCCAGGAUGGGCGAGACAGACACAUAACGGACCAUCAGAUCCCUCUCCGUCUGCUGCAGUUAACGGACACGUCUGUUGAUUACUAUGUGAAUUAUCAUCAGAAACGGUAGGAUUUUUAGUCUGUGCCGUACAGGGGAAACGACGAUGCCGGCCACCGAUGUAGAAACACACUGAAUCAGUGAGAUGUCUCUGGCUCAGAGGGUUUUGUUGACCUGGGUCUUCACCCUGGUCUUCCUCAUCAUGCUGGUACUGAAACUGGACGGAAAGGUGCAGUGGAACUGGUUCCUCAUCUUCCUCCCGGUGUGGGUGUUCGAUGGCAUCCUCAUCCUCAUGCUCGCCAUCAAGAUGGCAGGCCGUUGCAAGCCCGGCUACGACCCACGCAACGGCUCCCCGGACCUGCGUCUGCGCGCCUGGUACCUGACGGCCAUGCUGCUGAAGCUGGGCUUCUGCCUGACGCUGUGCGCCAAGCUGGAGAAGCUGGCGGACGUGAAGCUGACGUUUGUGUGCAUACCACUGUGGACCAUGUUGCUGGGGGCGCUGGUGGAGCUGGGGCUGAAUAUCUUUCCUGAGAGGAGAGAGGCCUAAGUGGGAUGACUCAUUACACCAACAAAAAAAAAAUAGAUUUGUGGUUGUAUGACCAAGAUUUUGUGGAAUUGGAGCAUUUUGUUUUGGCCUGAUUAUGUUUCCAGAGAGGACUGAGACUCAAGAAGGAAUCAAAUCAUCAUUUAAGAUAUUAGAAUUAAUCUUAAAAAUAAGAUUUCCAUUAAUUUAAAAUGUUAAAAUGGCUCUUUACAAAGAAAAAAAAAUGCCAGAAGGGGAUCAAAUGUAAAUGUAAAAGACUACUGUGAAAGCUUACACUGGAAGAAACAUUAACAUCCUCUAAUGUUUAUUUUCACUGUAUAUAAGCUAGCACACCUCGUAAAGAAACGUACGUCACACAGGGAGGAACUGAACAGUAUUUAAUUUUCACAUUAACUAUCACUCUUGGUACCAAAUCAUGGAGUGUACAUUUUUUGUCACAUAUGCUUUAGAUAUUGUAUGGCUGUAUUCAAGCACAAACACCUUUUCUUUCUUUCCAUUCCUGAGCUGCGGAGACUCGUUAAGCCAAAUAUUAUUUUACAAGUUAUAAAUGAACUCGCGAGGUGUUCGUGACAACAGCUCGGUUUGGCUGCAAUCACGUAAGGAAAUUGGAUAAUUUAGGAAAUAGUUGGAACAACUUGUGAUUUUUCCACAGGCUGCCCUCUCUGCUCCGUACAAGGUCUCUUUUGUACCAUGUAAAUCAUCAUGUGCCCCGUGAAAAAAAUCAGUAAGCUGUUAUUACUGCGGGUGCAACGUCCAAGGUCGCUGGGAAGAACACCUUUUAGAUGUAUCAUGACAAAAAGAUCACGUUCCCACUGUGUAUUAAGUUGAAUUAUUAGGGUUUAAAACGUGAAUCAGAAUACUUUCCAUCUGCAGUUUUCUAGUGUUGCGUCAUCAGUGUUUCAUAUUUUACGGUACGGCUGACACUGUGCAUGAUUUGUUUUGUGCCAUUUGUAUAUUAUUAGUAUUUCAAAUAUAUUAUUUGCAUUAUUUUGCACUAUGUCGAAAAGGAUUAGGUGUUUUGAGAUCGAAAGUAUUUGAUAAUUAAUGCACGUCUUGUAAAAAAUAAAUGGAUCCUGUACAUUGAAA